AUUAGAAAAGAGACUGAUGAUUGUCCUGAAAUGAUUCAACUAAUUGUUUAUAUACAUAUAUGGAAAAUUAAUGAUGAAUUAUAUGUAUAAUGAUGAUGAUCAGUUGGACAAGGCUUCUCUGCUGGAAGAUGCUAUCAACUACUUGAAAGCCCUCCAAGAACGAGUGAAUGCCCUAGAGGAAGAAGAUGAGGUGAUCAAGAAAAGCUCCAAUAUGAUGAAUAUGGAUGACCAUAAUUCUCCUUCACAUAAUUACUACAUCGGAAGCACAACUACUACUAGUGAUCAAUCAUCAGCUGAAAUCAGGGCCAGAAUUUCAAACAGGCAUGUUCUCAUAAAAAUUUGCUGCAGGAAACAAAUGGGCUUAAUGUCAAGAAUUCCAUGUGAAAUGGAAAAGAUGCAUCUCAGUGUGAUUGACAUGAGAGUGAUGCCCUUUGGAGAAGCAGCUCUUGAUAUCACCAUUCUUGCUGAGAUGCAUAGUGAAUUCCAGGGUACAGUGAAGGAGAUUGUUGAGCACCUGCAGAUGUGUUUCUUCAACUCCGUGGCUUGACAACUAAUGCUGCAGCAGGACGCGGAUGGAUCCACAACCAUUAAUUCACCCCACUAAUCGCAAUUAUUACGUACAACUUCCUUUUAAAUUAUCUAUUAUAAUUAAUAUAUAUAUAGAUAGGUGUAGUGAUAUGAUCAUCAUAUUAAUUCCCCACGUUUUUCUUUUGACUGAUGAUUAAAUUAAACCUUAUAAUAUAUAUGAUGAUAAUAUUAAUAAUUCCAAAGCUUCCCCUUUCUAAUUAAUUCCAUGGAUGCUUUAUAUACAUAUUUGUAUGUAUCUCUGACGUCUUGAAACAAUACCUUUAAUUUAAUCCUACUUACAUGUGAAUUGCUGUUCACAAAAUUAUAAAAGUGGUUGGGGUUCCAUGCAAGACUCUACCUAGCUAGGGUUUCUUUUCUUUUCUUUUGAUGAGUGUUUACUCUCCACC